AUGCUGUAUCGACUCCAUUCCAACCAAAGUUCCUCCAGCGUCUUCGAAGAUGUCGAAAUGGCCGACGACGAGAUGUUCUCUGGCCCGAUGGCCGAGAGCCUGCCCACGAGUGUAUCCGCCUUCGCCCAUCGCCGAGAACGAGCGGACUCAACGACGAGCUUUGCCUACUACAACGAAGAUGAAGCAGAAGAUGAGACUAUCGUGUAUGGUGACGAAGGAUCUGUGGUGCUUGACAUUGAUGACAUCCCAUUCGGUCUCGAUGCCGAUGAAGAUCAAGAAAGCUCUGAGCUCUCAAUGGAAAAUGACGAUGGCCGGGAUGACUAUUCCAUGCGCAGGCAGUCCUCGAUCCACUCGAGGAACUCGAUUCAUGAUCGAUUGCUUCGAACCGACAGUGGUCUCACAGAAGCCAGCGGCCGAGGAAACGGUCGAGUCAGUCAGAAGUUGUACAUGGUGAACGAGGAUCUCACCAUUGUCGUUGCCGGCUUUCGCACAAGCCGGAUCGGCUACGCCGCCUACAUCUUGCUCUGUGCCGCAACACUAGGCCUCGCAUGGCUACUCAUGAGAUGGCUUCCGCGUUGGCGGGUGCGGUUGAUAGGCGAGCCAUGUCCAUUGCGCGAAAGCCAGUGGGUGGUGCUUGAGAACCAAUGGGGUGAAUUCUCCAUCCUUAACAUUUCCGCUCAACCCUACGAGCAACCCAUAUCAUCUGUUUUUGGGGCACCCGAGAAGAUGUAUGCGCAAAUGUUUGAUGAAGACGCAGACCCGGUACUCUCGGAGCUUCGCGUGUUGAGCUACAGAUACGUCAGGCUGUUCUUCCACCCCUUGAAGGACAAGUUCGUCAUUUCCAAUGGUUGGAAGGACCCUUCUUGGAAACGCGUGAGAAAUAUUCGUGGAGGAAUAGAUGGAAGCGAAAAGGAGCUCCGCGAGUGUGUCUUUGGGAAUAACCUUAUUGAUAUUGAGCAAAAGUCCAUAUCUCAGCUACUGGUUGACGAGGUUUUUCACCCUUUCUAUGUGUUCCAGAUAGCAAGUUUAAUCUUGUGGUCUAUGGACGAGUACUAUUACUAUGCCAUAUGCAUAUUCGUCAUGUCGGCGGGCAGUAUCAUAGCUACACUUGUCGAGACGCGCUCGACGAUGAAAAGGCUACGCGAGAUUUCGCGCUUCGAAUGUGACGUUCGAGUUCUACGCAACGGUUUUUGGACCACCGUUCCGUCGAGCGACCUCGUCCCUGGUGAUGUAUACGAAGUCAGCGAUCCCGGUCUCACGCAGUUCCCCAGCGACAGCUUACUACUCACUGGAGACUGUAUCGUCAACGAGAGCAUGCUGACUGGCGAGUCGGUGCCGGUAUCCAAGCUUCCGGCCACAGACGAGACGCUUAACGGGAUGAACUUGAGCAGCUCUACUGUUGCCCCUGAAGCCGCCCGUCACUUUUUAUUUUGUGGCACAAGAAUUGUACGGGUAAGGAGGCCGCAGGAUAGCGGAGAUGAUGCCGUGGCGCUUGCCAUGGUUGUCAGGACCGGCUUCAACACCACCAAAGGAUCUCUAGUUCGCUCAAUGUUGUUCCCGAAGCCAUCUGGUUUCAAAUUUUACCGCGACUCCUUCCGCUACAUCGGCGUCAUGGGUUGCGUGGCUAUGCUGGGCUUCAUUGUGUCCUUCAUCAACUUCUUACGUCUCGGCCUCACCUGGCACCUCAUCGUUGUACGAGCUCUUGACCUAAUCACGAUUGUGGUGCCUCCAGCUCUUCCCGCAACGCUCACCAUCGGCACCAACUUCGCUCUCAGCCGUCUUCGGAAGAAGCAGAUCUUCUGCAUCAGCCCGCAAAGAGUCAACGUCGGUGGCAAACUUGACAUAAUGUGUUUCGACAAGACCGGCACUCUCACUGAAGAAGGCCUGGACGUCCUUGGUGUGCGUCUUGUGUCUCGCAGUACAAAUCAUUUUGGGGAGGUUAUUUCGAAGGCGACGUCAUUAGUCCCUCGAUCCAACCUCCAAACCAACCAAGAGAAUCAAAAUGACACCACUCGAGCCGCGCUCUUCACCAUGGCCACUUGCCACACCCUCCGGUGUGUCGAUGGGGAGCUCGUGGGAGACCCGCUAGACCUCAAGAUGUUCGAAUUCACUGGAUGGACCUUCGAAGAGGGCAAUCAAGGAGGUGGUGAGCAAGAUGAUGAUGAACAAGGCGGUCUUUCGCCAUCCGUGGCGCGGCCUCCACCAGCAACUCUCUAUGAUAUAAACGAGUACGGUUCCGCCCAAGGACAUAAUGCUCCUAUUGAGCUUGGUGUUCUUAAAUCCUUUGAGUUUGCCUCCAACUUGCGCCGAGCCAGCGUCAUCGUUAGAGCCUUUGGCCAACAAAGUGGCGAUGUAUUUGUCAAGGGUGCCCCCGAAAGCAUGAGGGAGAUCUGCCGACCAGACUCCUUCCCAACCGAUUAUGAAGAGCUCCUGACAUAUUAUACCCAUAAGGGCUACCGUGUCAUUGCCUGUGCCACGAAGCACAUGAAGAAGCUGUCCUGGGUCAAGUCACAGAAGAUGAAAAGGGAUGAAGCUGAAUCCGACCUCGAAUUCGUGGGCUUCAUCAUUUUCGAGAAUAAACUCAAGCCCACAACCGCGGCGGUACUCAAGGAGCUCACAGAAUCCAACAUCGGUUCCAUUAUGGUGACUGGCGACAACAUUCUCACCGCUAUCAGUGUGUCGAGAAACUGCGGCCUGGUCCAAAAGGAUGCGCACUGCUUCGUACCCCAUUUCGCCAAGGGGCACUGUGAAGAUCCUAAUGCUCUCCUGGAGUGGGAAAGCAUCGACGACAACAGGCUAAAAUUGGAUAACCGUACUCUUCUACCGCUUCCAGUUCCGUCUAAUAGCGAUGUCUCCCUGCCAUAUGAUAUUACAAACUUAAGAAAUUACUCGCUUGCUGUUAGCGGUGAUGUAUUCCGAUGGGUGGUGGACUAUGCACCUGCCGAGGUUCUCCAGAGGAUGCUCCUCCGCGGAAAGAUCUUUGCCCGCAUGUCCCCUGACGAGAAAUGUGAGCUUGUCGAGAAGCUCCAGAGCAUCGAUUAUUGCUGCGGUUUCUGUGGAGAUGGUGCCAAUGACUGCGGUGCCUUGAAGGCAGCAGAUGUCGGCAUUUCUCUCUCAGAAGCUGAAGCAUCGGUUGCAGCUCCAUUUACAUCGCGAGUUUUCGAUAUCCGCUGUGUGCCGGACGUCAUCAGGGAGGGCCGCGCGGCACUUGUCACCAGCUUCAGCUGCUUCAAGUUCAUGAGUCUCUAUUCGGCCAUACAGUUCUGCUCCGUGAGCUUCUUGUACGCCUCGGCGUCCAAUCUUGGGGAUUUUCAGUUCCUCUUGAUUGACGUCCUUCUCAUCCUGCCGAUUGCUGUUUUCAUGGGCUGGUCUGGACCAUUCCCAGUACUGAGUCGCAAGAAGCCGACAGCAGACUUGGUAUCGCGCAAGGUUCUGACUCCAUUGCUGGGCCAAAUCAUCAUAUGCAUUCUUAUCCAGGCAGUGGCCUUCCUGCUCGUGCGACAACAACCCUGGUUCAUCCCACCGCACUUCAACCCUGACAAGUCCAACAUCAAGAACUCGGAAAACACAGCUUUGUUCCUGGUAUCCUGCUUUGAGUACACCUCCAUCGGGGUCGUCAUGAGUGCCGGCAAGCCCUUCCGCCAACCAUUGACGCAGAACUGGCCUUUCAUGAGUACCAUCGUCGCGGCCUUAGCUCUGACUACGUACAUGACCCUGGCACCCGCCCACUGGGUAAAGCAUCUCAUGCAGUUGACUAAGAUCAGCUCGUCCUUCAAGAUCACGAUUCUGGUGUUGGGCGUUACUUACUUCGUCUUGUCGUGGACCGCAGAGAGCUAUGUGUUCCAGCGACUUGCCCGGGAGCUGGGCAAGGUCAAGUUGGCGUUGACUAAGACGCCGAAGAAGAGGAAGGAGUAUAAGGUCAUUGCGGAGCGCAUGCAGAGCUAG